AUGAAAAAUCACACAGCAGUGACAACUUUUAUCCUGCUGGGACUGACGGAUGACCCACAACUGCAAGUCCUGAUUUUUAUUUUUCUAUUUCUCACCUACAUGUUGAGCGUAACAGGGAACGUGACCAUCAUCAGCCUCACGUUGGUGGACUCCCAUCUGAAAACGCCUAUGUACUUUUUCCUCCGAAAUUUUUCCUUCUUAGAAGUCUCAUUUACCACUGUCUGUAUUCCUAGAUUCCUGUACAGUAUAUCAACUGGGGACAAUACCAUUACCUAUAAUGCUUGUGCAAGUCAAAUAUUUUUUGUUAUUCUCUUUGGAGCCACCGAGUUUUUUCUCCUGGCAGCUAUGUCCUAUGACCGCUACGUGGCCAUCUGCAAACCCCUGCAUUACAUGAGCAUCAUGAACAGCAGAGUCUGCACCUUAUUAGUCCUCAGCUGUUGGAUGUCUGGCUUGAUGAUCAUUGUUCCACCCCUUAGCUUGGGCCUCCAGCUGGAAUUCUGUGACUCCAAUGCCAUUGACCACUUCAGCUGUGACGCAGGGCCCCUCCUAAAGAUCUCAUGCUCAGAUACAUGGGUAAUAGAACAAAUGGUUAUCCUUGUGGCUGUAUUUGCACUCAUUAUCACCCUAGUGUGUGUGUUUCUGUCCUACACAUACAUCAUCAGGACAAUCCUGAGAUUCCCCUCAGUCCAACAACAGAAAAAGGCCUUUUCCACCUGUUCCUCCCACAUGAUUGUCGUUUCCAUGACCUACGGUAGCUGCAUCUUCAUCUAUGUCAGGCCCUCGGCAAAGGAGGAGGUGGCCAUAAAUAAAGGCGUUUCAGUGCUCACCACUUCUGUUGCACCUUUGUUAAAUCCCUUCAUUUACACCCUGAGGAAUAAGCAAGUGAAACAAGCUUUUAAUAACUCCAUAAAGAGGAUUACAUUUCUCUCAAAGAAGUCAAAGUUUUAAUGAAUCAGAAAAAAAUGAAAGAAUAAAAUCCUUUAAAUGUUUCACUACAGUGUCUUGACAUCUUUCAUUGCUUUGUACCUAUAAUUUAGUUGAAUUAAACUUCCCAAACGCACUUCACACUGCAUCCUAGUCUCACCUUAACACAACUCCUUCUUUCAAACCAAACUCAUACAUGUUGUUUUCUCUCAUUGUGAAGCCAUAAAAUAUAUUUCCAAGUAAUUAAAUGUGUCUCCACGUCUGACCUAGUCUUUUCUUCAAGGAUCCCGGGGAGGAAGGAAAGUAAUAGUUUUUUAGAGAGUAUAAAUUAUACGGAAGAUACAUUAUGUCACAAUAAUACUAGUUUCCUCCUCUAAAACAGUUAUCAAAAUUAAUAUCAUAUGGAGUUCCCAUCGUGGUGCAGCGGAAAUGAAU